UGCAUGCAAAAACUGAAGCAUAAAUCCGAUACUUUCUCCCACCAUUUCACGCGGUCCCAUGUGUUUCAUAUAUAUAUAUAUAUAUAUAUAUAAAAGAUAACCUUUCAAGAUGAUUUGUGCUCAUAGCUCUGAACCAUUUUCUGAUUGGCUGACAAACCUGUUACUUUACUCAUCAUCAACCAGAUUCUCUGUUAAUUUUCACUUUCCUUUGUUGUUUUUAGGGAAAACCCACGAAAUUACUGGGUGGAGGGUAAUGGGGAUGCUGUUGAUGUUGUUCUUCUUUGUUCGUUCACUUUAUGGGCCAAUGUUGACGCUACUGUACCCCUUACAUGAAACAGUGAUGGCCAUAGAGAGCAAAACAAAAGUGGAUGAUGAGCAGUGGCUUGCUUAUUGGAUCUUAUACUCAUUACUUACUCUCCUCGAGAUGAUCCUCCAACCCGUUCUAGAGUUGAUACCAAUCUGGUACGAAGUGAAGCUAGUAUUUGUGGCAUGGCUAGUUCUACCUCAGACCAAAGGGGCAGCAUUCUUGUAUGAGAGAUUUGUGAGGGAGCAAAUUAAGAAAAAUGGAUGGUUUAGAGAUCGUGAGGACUAACUCCUAGAGUUCUUCAACCCCAAGAAGAAAGUUUGA